GGCCUGCUGCUUUCUAUCUCUCUGCUGUGCAGAGAGAUGGGAGGCAGCAAGUCCAUGCUGAUAGGAGAGAGAUCUGUGUUGUUUACACACAGGUCUCUCCCCUAUCCUCAGGAGCCAAUAGCAGCGCAGCAGAGCCAUACAAAGCAGUGUGCUUACAGUGAAGCACACACACAGCCCAAGUAGUGAAACUGCACACAGUUAAAACUUUGAUAGCCCCAGAUGUUAACCCCUUCCUGCCCAGUGCCAUUAGUACACUGUCAGUUCUUUUUAUUAGCACUGAUCCCUGUAUUGGUGUCACUGGGGAUGCCAGUGACACCAAGUCAGUUCUCCCCAGUGUCAGAAUGCCCGCUGCAGUCCCACUAUAAGUUG